UCAGUGCUUUUCAUUGAUCCGCAUUUCGUUCGGGAAGUAUCAGUGAAGGGAAGUUUUUAUUUAGAUGCAACAUUCAAGGUUGUUCCAAAAAACUGUGGAGCAGAACAGUUUUUAACAAUACUGUCUAGGAAAUAUAAUACAGGUAUUCCGUGUAUAUGGGCUCUAAUGGAAAAAAAGAACACGGCUGCAUACAAAUCAAUUUUUUUAGCAAUUAAAGGUCUCAUUCCAGAAUUUGAGAUUGAGGAGGCUCAUAUUGAUUACGAAAAAGCCUUAAAAAAUGCUUUAGUACAAGUAUUUCCAAAUAUAAAUGUACAUGGGUGCUUUUUCCACCAUAAGCAAGCUUUAUUUAGAUAUGCUCUCAAACUGAGAUUAAAAAGGACUUUGCAGUUAAACGAAGAUGCUCGACAUUUAUUGAAUCUAAUUAUGUCCUUGCCUCUUUUACCUGCGGAUAUUAUCAGGAUCACCUACCAAGAAAUUCGUGAUUCCUCAUCUUUACGUCUGAAACGAAUAUUUGCAUCGUUUUUCAAAUAUUACGAAAAAGAAUGGCUUUUAAAAGCAACGCCACAAUUUUUUAGUAUAUUUAUGCUAAAUAAUCGAACUAACAAUUCCCUUGAAGCGUACUAUAAAGUGUUAAAAGAAAAAUGUGGCAUUCAUUCGACUAUGUGGGCUUUCAGUGAAUGUCAGGGGAUUUCUGUCUGCAGACAUUCUGCAAAAAGUCUGAUCAUUCAAAAAGAAAUGUACAAGCUGAUAAUUUUGUUAAAUUUGGACACACAGUUUUUAUCGACGAAUGAAAUUGAAGUCAAAACAUUUCUCAUGCGAAUUUUAACGUUACCUCUCUUGCCACCAGAGAAAAUUGAAAGUGCCUUUAAUAAUUUAAAAAGAAAUUUAAGCGACGAAUGUUUUCAAUCUAUUCUUUUAUUCGCAUUAACUUUCGAUCGUGAAUGGAUUAGAAGAGUUACCCCCAAAAGAUUCUCAGUGUACAGGGACUUGCAGCGUAUAUCACGAAUUUUUGAAUUGUAUUCUUGCCGCUUACAUACACUUAUGGGAUCAUUCCCUACACCAUGGGAUUUCGUGAAGGGAAUUGUCGUUUUGCAAAAACAAAGCUAUGCAGAUUAUUUAAAACUGGUAGACAACAUCACUGCGGAUAUUAAAAGUAGAAAAAUCUGUAAUCGAUUAUUGGACACAUCAUUAAAGAGAGCAUGGAAUUCAUUAGAGGAUGAGACAAUUUCUGUAGAAGAAUUUUUGGAAAUUUGCAGCAAUACAAAUUCAGAACGUAGAAUGGAAUUUAUAACUGCGCAAAUUAAUGAACCCAGUGAAGAGGAUUAUGCUGCAGUCUAUCCAUCCACAAUUGUAGCUGCUGAAGAUGAUGGAGACGACAUGUCGGAGGAAGAAAAUAAUGUUGAUUCCUUGGAAAGUAACAGCAGUGAAAUUGCUGAAGAUCCUUUGGAAAUUAAUAUCAACGAAAAUGAUGCAGUCACCGACGAAAAUAAUUCUGAGACGGAGAAUGAACCAAAUUCAGAUGAAAAUAAUACGCUCCGUCAGAAUGUUUGCUGCAUUUGCCGGGAUCGUUCCUCAGUAUUUUGUUUUGUCCCAUGUGGACAUCUUAACAUUUGCGAUGGUUGCCACGAGCAAUAUUCUACUUUGCCAGAAAGGCAAUGUCCAAUGUGCAGAGCAGAAUAUACGCAAAUCAUAAGAGUUUUCAUGUAA